AUGGAUGAAAAUGAAAAAUCUGAAGCAAAUAUUAUUGAUAUCAUUCGAAUAACUUUCGAUCCUAGUAGUUCAGAUCAGGAUGUACAUAAUGCAGAAAAAAUUCUUUUAAAUUUCAUCAAUGAUUUUAAUUUCUUCAAACAAUUAACACAAAUUGCCAUUGAAAACCAAUCUAAUUUCAGUCUUUCACGAUCUUGUAUCUUAUACAUUAUUUCAAUGAUCAAAUAUUCUAAAAAUUUAUUCGUUAUAAAUGAUAUUUACGAAAAUAUUAUUGGAAUAUUUAAUGAUUCGCCAGAUUACUUACCAAUAUUACAAAAAUUAUCAGAUACAUUUGUAAUUAAUGCAGAUAAGCAAUUGAUUUUAGAAAAAUUAGUAGAAUUAGAUGAAAAUCUCUCAAUUGUUUGCCUUUAUUUUUCGUAUUCGUUUUCUCAAAUGUUUUCUGAUUGUUUAAAGUGUCCAUACUUAGAAGAUUUUGUUAAUCAAAUUCUUCCAAAAAUUAUUUCUUUAUACGAUAACAAUAACUAUACAAUUCAAUAUCUUUGUCACUCUGUAUUUGAAAGAUGCCUUUUCGAAAAGGAUAUUUCAGUUUUUUCUCAAAAUAAUUUCUUUCAAUUAGUUGAAUUAUCAAGAAGUAUUGAUAUUGAUGCCAAUUCCCCUUUUAAGAAUGAAAUUGUGUAUUUAAAAAUGUCGAUGCUUUCAUCCAUUUUGCAAAUUUUCCCAGAAUUUCAAAUUAAUUUUGAAGAAUUUAAAAAUUAUUUCAUUAAUAAUGUAGAUGAACAGUCGAUAUGUACUCUAUACUAUCCGAUAUAUACAUGUUUAGAUCAAUUCGAGCUCAGACAUUUAAUUUCUAUUGAUUUUUUUCAAAAAUUUCUUAAUGAAGUUUUUAUUCCAUUUUUAGACAAUUUUAUUUUAAAAAUUGAUGAAAAUUUCUAUGGUUAUUCAUUGAUAUUUAGAAGCGAAGACAUUUAUAAGAAUAACUGGUGUGAUCCUAUAGAUUCAUCAGCAUCUUUAGCAAGAGUUUCAUUUAAAGCUUUUGAUUCUCAACAAAUUUUUGAAAUUAUAGAAAAUAUUAUUUUAUCUAAUGAAAAUGGUAAUGAUAGAAUCUCAAUACUUGCAAUGUGGUAUUUAUCUAAUGGAUUGGAAAUCGUUAGUCCAGAAAUGAUUGAUUUGUUUGUGAAUUUAUCUUAUCAAUUUUUAAAUUCAGAAAAUUUGAUUUAUCACAUUGCAAGUUUCUUAUUUUUAGCAGCUGCUGAUUAUGAACAUAACUGUGAUGUUGUAAAACAAACUUUUUUGGAAAGUUUUGAUUUAUCAUUUCCGGAAGAAAUUAGAAGCUUCGCAAUUGUAGCAUUACCACAAGUAGUUCAGAAACUUGAUAAUGAUUCCAAAUCUUUGAUUUCAUCUAAUUUUGAUUUACUUGAAAUUUUUUCAAUUUUAAUUCAAAAUUUUCUUGAAAGAGAAACUGAUAAUUCGCUAACAGAAUGCAAGAAUUUUAUCAAAGCAUUCCCAGAAAUAAUGACUUUAGAUAAUUUUUCACAAAUUUUUGAAGAAUUUUUGAAAAUUUUCGAAUAUGGAUUACAAAAUGAUAAAAGCAAUAUAUCAAUGUUAUCUGCUUCAAUUAUUGCAUUUGUUAUACAAAGUUUAGAACCAAAUCCUGAUUUUCAUAAAGAAAUUUUAGGAUAUUUAGAAAAUAUAAUGGAAAAUUAUUCUGAAACUGAUAAAUUCGAGCAUUCAAUUGCUAUUGCAGAAGCAUUGUUCAAAAAUCCUGUUGAAGAACUCAUUGAUGAUUAUUUUUCAAUAUUAAUGAAAUUUAUUGAGAUUUCUCAGUAUGAAAAUUCAAAGAUUGUUUUCUCAGAGUUAUCACAAAUGAUAAUUUACUUUAUUUAUGAUUCAAAACCGAAUUCUUUGAAAUAUCAAGAAUUAAUUUCAAAAGCAACCGAAAUAUUUAAGUCUGAUGUUGAUGAUUUAUGUUUGUUAUCUGUGGGAACAGAGAUUAUUGCAUCAUUCAUGCUGAAUUUGGAUCAAGAAUUUUUUAAUAUUAUAUCUGUUGAAAAUAUAACUGAAAUUCUUAGUUAUUUGAUAGAUAUUUCAGAAAUUGAUUCAUGUCCGCUUCUAAUUGCAGCUGUCAUGCUUAAAAUCCCAGAAAUUUUUAGUUCAGAAUUAAGAAAUGAUUUAGUUGAGAUUUGGACGAAAGGUCAAAUUGACAUUGUCCCAUUUUUGCAUAUUUCAACUGUUUUAUUUAGUCAUUUUACUGAUUCAGAAAAAUUAGAAAUUAUUUCGACUGCUGAAGAACUUAUUAGUUUAGAUGAAGACGAAUGUUGUGAUUUUGAAGGAGAAAACUUUCUCAGAUGGCCAUGGUUUAAUUUUGAUAAAUCUGAGACAAUCAAGCAGUUUAAAGAAAUAUAUGGUAUCGAAUAG